ACUUCAAAUGUCAAAGAACGGAGUUUCGAUUCUAGCAGUCACAAAACGUAAACCAAUAUUAAUGUGUCGUAUUUUGUGUUAUUAAAUGUGAACUACUAUUUAUUUAAGUUACAAUAAUAUAAUGUAUGACAAUGGCCUCGGUAAAAGUUGCUGUAAGGGUUCGCCCGUUCAAUCAAAGAGAAAAGGACAUGGCCGCCAAACUCAUAGUUCAGAUGGAGGGAAAGAAAACGCGACUCCUUACCGUCAAAAGUAGCAAGGAACAAAAUGAGGGUAGCCGUGAAAAGUACAAGGACUUCACGUUUGAUCAUUCUUACUGGUCAUUCGACGGCGGCGACAAGCAUUACGCUUCACAAGAACAGGUAUUUUCCGACUUGGGUCUGGAUGUGAUAGACAGCGCUUUCGAAGGAUACAAUGCCUGUGUUUUCGCUUACGGUCAAACUGGAAGCGGGAAGACUUUCACCAUGAUGGGAUCGCCGGAAUGCCAAGGUCUAAUACCACGUAUAUGCCGGCAACUAUUCUCCCGCGUGGCAGCCGGCAAGGAGUCAGGGGCUUCCUACCGCACCGAGGUCAGCUACUUAGAGAUCUACAACGAAAGAGUGAAAGAUCUGUUGUCAACGGAUGCGGGACACUCCCUCAGGGUCAGGGAGCAUCCGAAGCUGGGACCGUACGUUCAGGAUUUGUCCAAGCACUUGGUCUCCGAUUAUGAUGACAUACAGGAGUGCAUGCACCGCGGGAAUCUGCACCGCACCACCGCCUCGACCCAGAUGAACGAUGUGUCGUCCAGGUCGCACGCCAUCUUCACGAUCACGUUCGUGCAGGCCAGCUACCUGCGCCACAACAACAUGCCCAGCGAGACCGUCUCCAAGGUCCACCUCGUCGACUUGGCUGGCAGCGAACGUGCGGACGCCACAGGAGCCACAGGGCAGCGGCUGGUAGAAGGCGCUCACAUCAAUAAGUCGCUGGUCACACUGGGAUCCGUCAUAUCGGCUUUGGCAGAAUCCAGUCAGACGGUGGAAAUUAAACUACAGAAAGGCUCGAAAAAGAAUGUUUUCAUUCCGUACCGGGACUCCGUGCUCACGUGGCUCCUGAAGGACUCGCUCGGCGGAAACUCGAAAACUAUCAUGAUAGCCGCGAUAUCACCGGCGGAUUGCAACUACGGCGAGACCCUGUCGACCCUGCGGUACGCGAACCGCGCCAAGAACAUCAUCAACAAGCCGACCAUCAACGAGGAUCCCAACGUCAAGCUCAUCCGCGAGCUGCGCGAAGAGAUCGACAAGCUUCGGGCGCAGCUCACGCACAAUUCGUGCUCUGUUGAGAACGAGCCGGGAGUGCUGGCGACGUUGCAGCGCAAAGAAGCCCAAGAGAAGGUCCUCACAGAGAAGUGGACGGAGAAGUGGCGCGAAACGCAACAGAUCCUGCAGGAACAGAAAGCUCUCGGACUCAGGAAGAGCGGACUCGGCGUGGUGCUGGACUCGGACAUGCCGCACCUCGUGGGGAUCGACGACAACCUGCUGUCCACCGGCGUCACGCUCUACCACCUCAAGGAAGGCGAGACGCUGAUAGGCACGGAGGAGCACUCGCCGAUACCGGACAUCGUGCUGUCGGGCCCCGGCGUGCUGCCGCUGCACUGCCGCGUGACGCUGUGCGCCGGCACCGCCACGCUGCACCCCUGUGCCGGCGCGCACUGCUGGCUCAACACCGUGCUGCUCGACAAGCCGGCCAAACUCAGCCAAGGUUGCAUUCUUCUCCUGGGCCGAACCAACAUGUUCCGGUACAAUGACCCCGCGGAGGCGGCCAAGCUGCGCCAGGAGGGCAGCGCCAACAUGAACCUGUCGCGGCUCUCCUUGCUGUCCUGGUCCACCACCGACCUCGCGGCCAGCACCGAGAACCUCAACUCCAGCGCCCUCUCGGAUCUAGAAAGCGAGAUCCGUUGCGAGCGUAUAGAGGCACAGCGCGCCGAGCUGGAGCGAGAGAGACAACAGUUCCUGAUGCAGCAGGAGGAGCGCCAGCGCAGGUGGAACGCGGAGAGGGAAGAGCUCCUGCAGGCGCAAAAGAAACUUGACGAGGAACGCGAGGCGAUGGAGAAGGAGUACGCGGCGGCCUGCAGGAGACUGUCCGGGGACUGGAGAGCGCUGGAGCGGGGCUGGACCAACCGCAGGAGGGCGCUGCGCUGCAGGCAGAGGGAGCUGGCGGCCAGGACGCAAAGACUCAGGGGGCUCAGCGACACUCAUCAGGGAUGUGUGGAGACCGAAGAGUCGCGCAUGCUGGAACUCAGAUCGAGGAUCGACAACAAGAGGAUAGAGUUGGAAGACUACGCCAAGAAUAUUAUCAGGGAAUUAGUGGAGAGCGGCAAAAUCGAGAGUUCAACGCCAAGUCCGGACAGUCCCGCGUCGGAGACCAGCACGGAGAGCCUGAUGCACCUGCUGCGUCAGUGCGAGCCCGACACCGCGACCAGCAUCAAGGACACCGUCGACCGGCAUAAGAGAGAGCUGGUGGAGCUGGAGGAGGAGCUGCAGAGCCGGGUGCGGUCGGUGUCGAACCAGCGCGUGAAGGUGGAACGGCUGCAGGCCGAGCUGGCGCUGCUGGCCGUGCAGGAGCUGGGCCUGCGCCGCGCGCUCGCCGCCGACCUCACGCCCGCCGCGCCCACAGAAGGUGACAGUCAAGCGUCACCCACGGAAGGAGUGAAGCGCAGCAAGUCCGAGCUGGUGCUGCGCAGGACUCCUCGCGAGGAGGUGCUGGACCCACUCUCCGCUGAUGAACGGGAUGAGUUCCGGGACAAAAGAAUCAACCUCAGUCUGAGUCUAGAUCCACUGGCGUGUCCCGACUCGCUGAACGCGGAGGAGUACCAGACCGCGAGCUCCACCACCCCGAAGUCAUUCCCCCCGGAGAGCUCGCCCCCCCGCGACUCCCCGCAGAGCUCGCCCCCCCGCGGCCCCCCGCAGCCGAACUUCCGCCUGGGCCCCGUGCCCGACGACAGCGACGAUAUGUCCAGUACUGAGGACUAUCACAAGCCCAGGAUAGUGGAGGGCCAGUCGUCCAGCUCCAUGGACAGGUCGCCGGAAGAGAGACACCAGAGAGCAAAAUACAGAAGAAAGAUAACUGGCGACAGUAAGUCAGGGCGGCGACAAGUGACCGAAGCAGAGGCACUGCGCGCGAUGCAGAGGCUGUGCUCUCGGAUAGCUUCACAGAAGAUGCUCGUCAUCUCUUCACUGGAGAACGACUGCUCGAAGGAGGAACUAAACAGGCAGAUUGCGGUUCUCCAAGAGCUUCAAAAGAAAUACGUCAGGCUGGAGAUGGCGCUGCAGUAUUCGUUCUUCGACAGCCCGCAGAACAGGAGGUCGAUGAUGGUCACUCCGAUACAGGAAACUCCCUCCCUCACCCUCUCCGAGAGCGACAUGCAGGUCGCCACGGACGACCCCGGCGCCGAGAACGGGAACGGGGUCCUCACCGACCCUCUGCUCAACAGGCUGAAGGAGCAAGAGCUGGAAGCGUCGGACAACGUGUCGACGUCCAACGACGAGCUGCCCGCAGAGCAGCCGGACGCGUGGGACGACCCGCUGCGCCGCGCGCUGGAGCCCGACGCGCCCGCACGCAACGGAGCCGUCGCGCCCACGCUCGUGCAUCUACCGCUCGAGGAAUCAACGGACAACGGAGGUCUAACUCACCCCAUAGAUUUUAACGCGGUGGUGAGCGUGCCGGGGUGGGUGACGCGCGGGGCGGGGGCGCGCACGCACCACGAGUACGAGGUGCGCGUGUGGCUGGGCGCGCGCUGCCGGUACUCGCUGCUGCGGCGCUACCGGCGCUUCCGGGACCUCUACCUCGAGAUGCGGGCGCGGUACCCGGCGCAGGUGGGCGGCAUCCCGUUCCCGCCGCGCACGCUGUGGGCGGGCGAGGGGGUGGCGCGCGCGCGGCGGGGGGCGCUGGAGCAGUUCCUGCGGCGCCUGCUGCGCGUGGCCGCCGCCGACCCGCGCUCCCCGCUGCACGCCGCGCCCCUCACGCGGGACAAGCUCGUCGCCUUCUCGCCCUUCUUCCGAAAGGGAGUGUUCGAGAGCGGCAAGUGCGGGACGGGAUGAUGCAGCGCGGAGGUCGGCGCGGCGCGGGCGCUGGGGGCCGCGGCCGCCGCCCUUCUGCGCGCGCUGCUGCUGGCCGUCCUGCUGGCCGCACGCUGCCUGCUGCUGCUGCUGCUGCUGCUCGCGCUCUACGCCCUCAGGAGGCGACGGUAGCCCACACCUCGCAACCACUCUACGCAACUUGACGACGAAUAACUACAGAUACUAAACUAGCUCAUUUUUUUCCUACCUAAGCUGAUAGCCUUGAGAGGCUAUUUCAGCGUAACCUUAACUAGUAGGUGAGCUCACGAGGC